GGCCACUGGCGCCGGGGCCGCGCAUGCGCUGCGCUGCCUUUCCCGGGCGCUGAUUCCUGAGUGCUGAGCCCGAACCCGAGGAGAUGAACCCUUUAACUAAGGUGAAGCUGAUCAACGAGCUGAAUGAACGAGAGGUCCAGCUUGGGGUGGCCGAUAAGGUGUCCUGGCACUCCGAGUACAAGGACAGCGCCUGGAUCUUCCUGGGAGGACUUCCUUAUGAACUGACUGAAGGGGACAUCAUCUGUGUGUUCUCACAGCUGAAUGGCAUCCCUGCAUGGGGAGGGCUGGAGCUUCUGUUCUAGAUCAGUCCCAGGACAUGGUUCCAGAAUGUUCUGUGGGAGAUCCAAGAGAUAUGGGGAGAUUGUUAACAUUAAUCUCGUGCGGGACAAGAAAACUGGGAAAUCCAAAGGAUUCUGUUUCCUCUGCUAUGAAGACCAGAGGAGCACAAUUCUGGCCGUCGACAAUUUUAAUGGGAUCAAGAUCAAAGGAAGAACUAUCCGAGUGGAUCAUGUGUCUAACUAUCGGGCUCCUAAGGACUCAGAAGAAAUGGAUGAUGUGACCAGACAGCUCCAGGAGAAGGGCUGUGGGGCUCGUACCCCCUCACCAAGUUUGUCUGAGAGCUCUGAAGAUGAAAAACCAACAAAAAAGCACAAAAAAGACAAAAAGGAAAAAAAGAAAAAAAAGAAAGAAAAAGAGAAAGCCGACCGGGAGGUACAGGCAGAGCAACCAUCCUCUUCGUCACCCAGACGCAAGACAGUAAAGGAAAAGGAUGACACUGGCCCUAAGAAGCACAGCAGCAAGAACUCAGAGAGAGCUCAGAAUUCAGAGCCCAGGGAGGGGCAGAAGCUCCCCAAAUCCAGGACGGCCUACUCUGGUGGAGCAGAGGACCUAGAGAGGGAGCUGAAGAAGGAGAAACCCAAGCACGAGCACAAGUCCUCAAGCAGGAGGGAGGCAAGAGAAGAAAAGACCAGGAUUAGGGACAGAGGGCGGAGCUCAGAUGCACAUUCUAGCUGGUAUAAUGGGCGUUCUGAAGGGCGUAGUUAUAGAAGUAGAAGUAGGAGCCGAGAUAAAUCCCAUAGGCAUAAAAGGGCCCGACGCUCCCGGGAGCGGGAGUCUUCGAAUCCCAGUGACCGUUGGCGUCACUGAAGACUUCAGCUGCACAGUAGAUUUGGAAAUAAUUAUGUUUUUUAAAUGCAGUCAAAUUCAGUUGGGUGGUUACUAUUUUUGUAUCUAAAACUUCUGGGGCUGGAUUCUUUUAAUCCCUUGACUAUUUAGAGUCAUUGGGAGGGCUGCAGUUUCAACAGCUAGAUAUCCUGGAUAUUGUUUGCACCAUCCAUUGUCCCUGUACCAGAGUAUGUAUCCUGAACUUUGGUUCAUAAAUAUGGCUCUUGAACCCAUAGACCCCAGUUGAAGAUGGAAUUUUCAGGAAAGGGAAAAUACUAGAUAAUUCUAGAAUUCUAGUCUUCGUGUUAGAUGUUUAUAGCCCAGCAUCUUGGGACCUUUCCAGUUACUAGGUUUGGAUAGCUUGAUGUGAACGAAUGGGAUAGGAUUUUUAAAAUCUGCCAGCUCCAUGCCCAAACCCUCCUGUUUGCAGAACUUUUUAAUGUCUUUUCUUUUUCAUUAAAACUUUUUUGUUUGA